UGCCGGAAGAUAAGGUUGCGUUCAAACGGGGCAACUUUUUCCAACAACUCGAAGCAACUCGAACCAGCGUCCCAACGUCUUAUGAGCAACUUCGAGACCGCAUUCACAGGUUAGUGGAAGGAAGAGGGUGAAGUUGGCCUCGACUCUUCCGACCCAAGGUGCAACCGAUGAGAGCUCCACUGAGUAUCAAGACAGCACAAAGCAGCCAGGAGCAGCCAUGCAUAAAACGUUGGUAACACAUCUGGCAGAGCGGUCUCACGAAGAAUCUCUUCACCACAACAAGAGCAGCUACUUCACCAUCAGUGUUCUUGUAACGGUCAUCAUCCUGCUCUGUGUCGUAACUUCCGUGUACUUCGCUUACAAGUACUUCAAACAGAAGAAACGCCCACUGUGUACGACAGCUGCCUGCAACCUCUACAGAGACAUGCUCCAGGGAUCGAUUAAUUUUGACCUGAAACCCUGUGACGAUUUCUACCAGUACACCUGCGACAAAUGGAACACGAACUAUCAGGUCCCAACGUACCGUCACCAUCUGGCGAUAUUCUUCAAGACCCUCUUUAAGACACUGAGAGGGCAAGUUCCUUCGGAACACCAGACAGCCGUUGAGAAAGCAGUUCGAUUCUUUCAAUCCUGUAAAAUGGCUGCGUACGCCAAAGGUCGAUUCGAAGGGGGGUACCAGGAUCUGGUUGACAUCUGGAAGAAAUGCGACAUUCUGUGGCCGCGAGUCAACAGGAACGGCGAUAUUCUGAGGACGAUGAUUUGCAUUUAUGACAGUUUCUUCAUGGACACCGUCCUGGGCAUUGUGAAACAACACGAUACUCAACUACCAUAUUUGUUUCCUGGCAAAGCACUCAAAUUUCUACAUGACUAUAGCGAGAGCAUCAAGAAUGCAAGCAGAUACCAGGAGUACUACGAGGGCUUCAGAGAUCUCAUGAAAACAGCAGAUAUUAAAGACGGCGAAGUACAAACGUACGAAGCGUUCUCCAGCAUAGAAGACGUCGUCUACAGCAAUCUUGUAAAACCCCAGUUUAUGCAGUACAAUCGUACACGCAUUGCUCUGUGGCAGCUGACUGGCUUAACGGAUGGCAUAGGGCGAACAAGAUGGCAGGAAGUCUUCAAAACUGAGUUCGGACUGCAGAGUUCUAGUAUGUCGGUUGACGUUUCGAGCAUAGAGUAUAUCAGAGAAUUUAACAGAGUGCUAAAAAGUGUUGGCGAGGUGGAACUACAACGUUACGUGGGCUGGGUAAGCGUCCAGCAGAUGGCACCAUAUAUAAAUAGCCAAUUUAGUGCUGUCUACCACGGAGUAUCAGAGCUAGCUGACGUUGGGCUGCAGGUGUGUUUGCAUCGGACGGAAGUUUACCUGGGUUGGUCAGUAUUUAGUAAAUACGCCACUAGGUAUCUGGAUAGUGCCACUCGUAAGGACAUACACGGCAUCAUCAACGCCAUCUACAAGAUAGUUCACAGCAUGGUGACCUGGAGUGAAUGGAUCGAACAGAAGCGUCCUCAAACAGCUUACGAGAUUAUGAGACGUUUGGCAGGCCUCCUCGUCUAUGCUGACAGGUUCGAGAACCCGAAACACAUGGAUCCUAUACUCUCCAGCAUCGGCGACAUGGGGGAUCACGUGUUUCACAACUGGCAAAACGCAUCGAAAGGACUUGUCAGGAUCGAUGCACCACGGUUGCAAUCGAUAAUAAGUGCCUUUCAGCAACAGAUGGUGCCAGAGCCACAUUACACCUUCUGGAACACGCAACAACAGACAUUUUUGAUGCCUCCGUACGUGCCCAUCGUGCCACUGUACCUGAACGUUAGCAAUGCCGUCAAGUACGGAGCUUUGGGAUUCUUGAUAUCGGACGUUGCCACAAAACUCCUGCACAUGUAUUAUCCAUCUGCUAAAAGGAGGAACUGGCCAUGCUUGAAUGACUCUCGGGACGGUGGUGAAGACGACACGCAGAUCGUCCAUUCCGCGUUUGCAUUGUACUUCGCCUGGGAAGCUUUCAAAGGAGUGGCCGUACCAGAUUCAGAUGAUCUGCUACCGGAGCUGUCGGAUGCGCAGCUGUUCUUCGUUGCUUAUUGUCUCCUAAUGUGCGGCGAACCACGUGAUGAAAAACGUUUCGUGCGCAGGUGUAACGAACCGCUGAGGCACCACUCGGCGUUCUCGAAGGCGUUUUCGUGUCCAGCGAAUUCGCCCAUGAAUGCCAAAGAAAAGUGCGCGUUUUUUUAGCGGCAGCGAAACUGCAGUGGAUGGUAUUGUAUGGCUGAUAGUCCUUAUCUACUGUACAGAACGAUGGCGUGGCAGCUGAAUACUACGUCGUGCACAACAGGUACUCCGUAUGGAUGUUGUACGUUGUUGAUAUCCUGUAAUUUAUAAGCGAAGAUUUGGUGAAAUAUUAAUGUACGCAU